GUCUCUUUCUCCCCCUCUCUUUUCUUUCUCUCCUCUGAUGUUGUUACUUAUUGUUGUCAGACAUGUUACUGUUUGGUUUGCUAAAUGUUGUCUGUGUAUCUCCAGCUGAUGAGGACGUGUGCUGACCUGUUCCGCCUGCUGCCCUUCAUGGUCUUCAUCAUUGUCCCCUUCAUGGAGUUCCUGCUUCCGGUCUUCCUCAAGCUCUUCCCUGAGAUGCUGCCCUCCACCUUCGAGACAGAGACCAAGAAGGUGGAGAAGCAGAAAAAGGGUCUUGCUGCUAAGCUAGAGCUGGCUAAGUUCCUCCAAGAGACCAUAGCAGAGAUGGCUAAGAGGAACAAGACCAAGGCUUUGACCGAGGAUGAGACGCAGCGCUUCUCCACCUAUGUACAGAAGGUGCGUCACACAGGGGAGCAGCCCACCACUAAGGACAUCGUCAAGUUCUCCAAGCUGUUUGAAGACGAGUUGACGCUGGAGCAUCUAGAGCGCCCCCAGCUGGUGGCCCUAUGUAAGCUGCUAGAGCUGCAGCCCAUAGGAACCAAUAACCUGCUCCGCUUCCAGCUGAUGAUGCAGCUGAGAACCAUCAAAGCAGACGAUGAGGUGAUCGCCACUGAGGGUGUGCCUGCUAUGAGUGUGUCAGAGCUGCAGGCAGCAUGUCGUAGCAGAGGGAUGAGGUCACUGGGUCUGACCACUGACCAGCUACGCCAGCAGAUGCAACAGUGGUUGGACCUGCACUUGAAGGAGAACGUUCCUCCCUCUCUGCUGCUGCUCUCCAGAGCCAUGUACCUGACCGACGUCAAACCCAUCAUACCCGUCAUACCCCCUGUACCCAAACUAGAGAAGGCCACUCCUCCCCCGUCUGAGAUCCCAGAGGGAACAACAGCUUCCUCCUCAGACUUACUGGUGGACCCAGCUCUGGUCAUCAAAGACAGGCUGGCGGAGGAGGUGAGAGACAAGGCUGCCAUCGUCUCAGACAAACCUCCUACCCCUGCCCAGGUUAUCCAGGCUAAAGGAGCAGAUGCGUCCCAGAAGAGCAAGAUGAGCGCCAAUGGAGUGUGAGCAGGAGGUAACAGUGAGCAGGACUGUAGGGGCUUGACCACACCCCAACCCUGUGUCCUCAUGGGUGGGGGGCCUAGACAAUCAAGCUAAUCUACAACCUAAGGGAUCAGUCAACCCAACCACCCGUCUGCCCUCCUUAACGCCGCCUCCUCCUGAGUCUAAGAUCCCUGUAUAGCCAAUGGGCUCGGUGUCUGAUGGAGAGAGGGGUCAUUUACUCAUCAUAAGAUCAUCACAUGAGAUGAUAAUGUCGUCAGAUCAGACGACGUUUGACUAAAAUGACACUUUGCUCUCUUUAAUUCUGUCCAUGGAUCAGUCCCCUCUCAUCUCUGGCUACACCUGGAGUGAGGCCGCUGACAGGCGUUUCAAACGGGACAUGGACCUCUGCUCUGUCUGUUCAUAAGUCUCUGGUUCUUCUCACCUUCAUCUAUUUGGUUUCAAGUUCAUGCACUCCAUCCAUUGUGUUUCACACUCAAACUCAGCAGGACAAUGUAAUGUAACGAAAACUCUGAAAAGUCCCUGGAUUGGGACCGUUUUGUUUUGGGGAUCACAGUAACCCAGUGAUGUAACAAAUAUUAUUAUAAUUUUUAUGUAGACACCGGCUGGUUGGUUGGUCUGGUGUAACUUUAGUCUGUUUCACUUCAGGUUGUAUUUAGACUCAGAUUCAUUAGGCGUUGAAGCUGAUUCCUCUUGACUAGAUAUACCUCAAAGACGAAAGCAGUGGGUGGCCGCGGUGUUAAAGGCGUCUGCAUGCUUCCCAGCCGAAACAGUUCGGUAGAGUUCGUGCAUACACUACCGUUCAAAAGUUUGGGGUCACUUAGA